AUGGCAAGCAUUCUAGCCUCACGAGACCAAGAAAACCUCAUCCACGCCCAGCAGACCACAGCUGCUGGCAAGCCAUUGAACCAAAGCGCGCGGAUGCUAAAUCCAAAGACACCAGGAAACCUGAAGACUCCUUUUCGACCAGCGAAGAAUGACGAAAACCUACCGUUUCGGUUCAAUGGACAGAAGCCGAUGGAGAAGGAUGGGCCAAGCAAGUUAGACAAGAGUACAUUUGUUACGCCUUUGCUUCCACGCAACCGAGCUCCCCUUGGAAUCAAGACAACCAAUGCGAAAGCUCAAGCAUUUCAGACACCUGCUCCUGCUCCUCUGACGACAAAGCGUCCUGGCACUGGACAGAAACAAUCCGCAGCUCGUCGAUCAGGAAGGUCUAAGAUCGCAGUCUCUCUUUCCGAACCAGUGGAGAGCGAGUCUUUGCUGGAAAGACCUGCGCAAGAACAAGAGCCGGAUUUUGGAUACGCGCCACCGCCACCAGAAGAGCUACCGGAUCCUCCAAUCGAAUUUGAAGAAGAUGCUCUUCUUACUGAGGAGCUGAGAGCAGGCUACGGAGUGGUCUACCCAUACGAUUCCCCGAAAGAUGAAAAUGGAAUGUCGAUACGCUCUAAAAAGGAAAAGGAGGAUUGGCACCAAUUCGAUGCAGAUCGCAUGAAAAAAAGCCUUGAGGACAUGGCCAAGCCUGUAUUUCCUACACUUGGCAAGUUGGACGCACAGGUCGACGCCAUGAUUGCAGCAGGACAAAAGAAACGACGAGACCUCUCAAGAGUUGAUACCAUGCAAGCGAGGUCUGCGGCCGCGGCGCUCUCUGGCUCACAAUUACACCUACCUGCUGCUAUCAGAAAAACCACGCAGGCAUCGGAACAGAAGAAGAGACAGGUUCUUCCCGUCACGAAAGGCAAACAUUCUACUCUACCACGGCGCUUUUCAUCAUCUCGCAGCACCCAUACUGCCAUUUCUAAGAACACAAUUGGGUUUCCCAAAGCAAAGAAGGUUCCCUCCAUCAUUCCCAGAGGUGCUGAAAACGAGAGAAACGGACUUACCUCAGCCUCGAAACCCGGCAAGAUCUCGCAGGCAUCGAUCCAUCCACGCGACUUCCGCGACCUUUAUGGGUCACCCCCUGAGGAAAGUGACAUGUGGUUCAGACUGAAGCAAUUCGAGCUGCUAGAGCAAGAUUUGGUUCAGGAUGGGACUAGUGAUCUCGCAGAUGACCUAUUUGGAACCGACUUCUUCCCCUUCGAAAACGCAAGAUUGGACGAUGAGGAUUUUCAAUUGCCCCUACCCGAGUGA